AUGGCCGACGGUCUUCAGAUGGGAAACCUUUCCCUUAAUGACUCCCAACACGCACCCCAGGGCGGUGCUCCCCUGGUCGUGCUGCGUACAUUCCUCCUCACCUUCGUCAACGUGGACCAGGUGGCGGCGGUGGUGGUGACUCUGCCGCCCCUCCUGCUGGCCCUGGAUUUGGUGGUCCUCGGUAUCAACAACGGCCCUCGUGGUGGCAACUGGGCUAAUGCCAACGCUCCCGACUUCGCGCCUCGUGCCAACGGUAAAUUUCCCUGGACCCCGAACGUGAAGGCCACUCCUUUCGAUCCCCAAGCUUACGGACAUCCAGGACACGGCGGCAGCGGCUCCUACGGUGGUAGUGGUGGCAACUAUGGUGGCGGCGGCGGCGCGCAGGCUCGCGGCUCUGGAGAUGGCCAGUGGCGCGAUGGUAAGCACAUCCCUGGACCUGCCAAUGCCCGCGUCGAGCGCGAGCUUUUCGGAGUCCCCAACGACCCUUCAAAGCAACAAACUGGUAUCAAUUUCGCCAACUACGAUGACAUUCCUGUCGAGGCAUCUGGUCAUGAGGUUCCUGAACCCGUUAACACUUUCACCAACCCCCCUCUGGACGACCACCUGAUCUCCAACAUCAAGCUGGCUAGCUACGUGACCCCUACUCCCGUCCAAAAGUACUCCAUUCCUAUUGUCAUGAACGGCCGUGACCUCAUGGCAUGUGCCCAGACUGGUUCCGGAAAGACCGGUGGUUUCCUGUUCCCUAUCCUCUCCCAGGCUUUCCAGAACGGCCCCUCUGCCGUUCCUGCUCAGGCCUCCGGUCAGUUCAGCUACGGACGCCAGCGUAAGGCUUACCCCACCUCGUUGAUUCUUGCUCCCACUCGAGAGCUUGUCUCCCAGAUCUUCGAUGAGGCCCGGAAGUUUGCCUACCGUUCAUGGGUUCGCCCCUGUGUCGUGUACGGUGGUGCCGACAUUGGCUCCCAGCUCCGCCAGAUCGAGCGUGGCUGCGAUCUCUUGGUUGCCACCCCUGGCCGUCUCGUCGACUUGAUCGAGCGUGGUCGUAUCUCCCUGGUCAAUAUCAAGUACUUAGUUCUUGACGAGGCUGACCGCAUGCUGGACAUGGGUUUCGAGCCCCAAAUUCGCCGCAUUGUUGAGGGUGAGGACAUGCCCCGCGUUGAGGACCGCCAGACCCUCAUGUUUUCGGCUACAUUCCCUCGUGACAUCCAGAUGCUCGCCCGCGAUUUCCUGAAGGACUACAUUUUCCUUUCUGUUGGUCGUGUCGGUUCUACUUCUGAGAACAUUACCCAGAAAGUCGAGUAUGUCGAGGACCAUGACAAACGCUCUGUCUUGUUGGAUAUCCUCCACACCCAUGGCACCACCGGUCUCACCUUGAUCUUCGUCGAAACCAAGCGUAUGGCGGACUCCCUGUCUGACUUCCUUAUCAAUCAGCGUUUCCCUGCCACAGCUAUUCACGGAGACCGCACCCAGCGUGAGCGUGAGCGUGCCCUUGAGUUCUUCCGUAACGGCCGUUGCCCCAUCUUGGUCGCUACUGCUGUUGCUGCUCGUGGUCUCGAUAUCCCCAACGUGACCCACGUUAUCAACUACGAUCUGCCUACCGACAUUGACGACUAUGUUCACCGUAUCGGUCGUACUGGCCGUGCCGGUAACACCGGUAUUGCUACUGCUUUCUUCAACCGCGGCAACCGUGGUGUCGUCCGCGACCUCCUCGAACUCCUCAAGGAGGCCCACCAGGAAGUCCCCUCUUCUUGGAGAGCAUUGCUCGCGAGGGCAGUGGCUUUGGCGGUCGUGGCCGUGGCCGUGGUGGUGGCCGUGGUAGCAACAACGCUACCCGCGAUGUGCGUCGCUUCGGUGGUGGCAUGGGCGGUCCCCCCUCUUCUUUCGGCGGUGUCGUGGUCUGAUGACGAGGCUGUCUGA